UAUGAAAUGAAAGUGAAAGCGGCUUCGAGUCAAAUGUGUGCUUUUAAGUGAGAUUAUUCGGCUCAUAACGCACUGGGGAACGCAAACCAAGGUAUCAGAAGUUACGGUGACGUGUCUCUAUCAAACACGUCCUUUGACAUACAAGGAACUGCGGGCUCAGUAAGGAGUGAAAGACAAAUCCAAUAUACUUCAGUAGUUCUGAGUGUUGGAUAAGUGCCAAUAUGCCAAUACAAUUCAGUGGAUGGCAGACAUACUGUGACAAAUCAAAGCAUCUUAAACCAGGUCAACAACCCAAAAAGAGCCAUGGCUAUAUUAUGUUCCAUGGAACACACAAAACAAAUGCCUCAGCUAUCAUAUCAUCAGGGUUCAAGCCCUCUGCUGGAGGAAAACUGGGCCCUGGAGUCUAUUGUAGUAGGGACAUGAACAAAGCCAUGAGUUACCCAUUAUUAUGUGCUCCUAAUGACAGAGUUGUGUUCAAGCUUCGAGUGAGAGUGGGUAAAGUGAAGAGGAUUGACAGCCAAAGCAUGAACCUGCAAACCACUUGGCAUCAGCAUGGAUACGAUACAGCAUGGUUGCCUGCCACUGUUGGUCUCGAGGAGGACUGCGUUUGGGACCCAAAGCGACUCACUGUGAUUGGAAUAGCACAUUGCACAGACACCAGUACUAAGAGUUCCCUGCAGAGUCUCAUAAUGCAGAAAGGACAGUUACAGAAACAGGAUGGGAAAAAUCUGAGUCAAUGUAAAGUAUGCGAUCAGCAGACACUGGAUAAACACACAGUAGAGAAAUGCUGGUCCUGUAAGGCAUACAUAUGCCCCUUUAUGGAUAAGCAUGUCUGCCAUAAAAGCUGAGUUUAUUAUUCCUACUGAAUACACUUACCUAUCUAACAGAUAUAUAUGCAACGUAAUUAUAACUGAUAAUUGAAACCAACACUGCAGAAAUGUUCACAGAUAAGUAAGGUUUUUAUGUUCUAUAUUUUCAUGAGACAUACAUGAAAUGGGAUUUUCAUUGGAUAUCAUGAUUAAUUGUGUAUUGUGUUCUGAGGUAAACUAAAACUGUAAUAUUAAAUACAAAAUAUGUAUAUUCAGCUAAUCAUACCAGGAACAGUAAGAACAUCAGUAAAUGUGCUUUUAAUUUGUUCCGAUUAACCCUCUUGAUAAAAAAGUUGACUAUAUUUGGUCUUGUAGUAUAUCACUCCUUACAUGCUUGAAACAGAUUGUACCAAAUAUCAUACUUUUGAAAGAUCAGAUUCA